GGAUGGCACUUUCUUCCUCGGGCUUCCUCCAUUGAAUGAAUCAAUUGCUUUCCAUCCCAAGCCCUCUGGGACUCUCCGAGCAAAUUUCUCCAUUCAUCAGUCCCCGGUGAGAAACUGGACAGCAUGCCAUAAAAAGUUAAUUUUGAUAAUAAAGAAUAAAAUAAAGACAAGAAAUUGUACGGACGUUAAGCUGUCGGAGUGGAGUUGGUGCCUGAAAUGGACACAGUGACGCUCUCACUUUACCCUUUGGCUCCCCCACCCACCCCAGUUGCUCCGUCGCCUCCUCCUCCUCCUUCUCCUCCUUCCCCUUAUUCUUCUUGAUCAUUCAGAGCUCCGGAUUCGUUGUCAAUGGAGGACAAGACUGAGCUGCAGCAGCAGCAAACCGUUCCGGUCCCCAGAGUGAAGCUCGGCACUCAGGGCUUAGAGGUUUCUCGAUUGGGCUUCGGGUGUGGGGGUCUCUCCGGCAUCCUCAAUGCUCCUCUCACACACGACGCCGCCUGCUCUGUCUUGAAGGAAGCUUUCUCCAAGGGCGUCACUUUCUUCGACACCGCCGAUGCCUACAACGACAACGAGAUCAUGAUCGAGAAGGCCCUGAAGCAGCUCCCCCGCUCUCAGGUCCAGUUAGCCACAAAGUUCGGCAUCUUGAAAUCAGCCGACGGGCAGUUCCGCGUUAAGGGUACCCCUGAAUAUGUGAGGCAGUGCUGCGAGGCUAGUCUUGGGAGACUUGGCGUGGACUACAUAGACUUGUACUAUCAGCAUCGGGUGGACAUCAAUGUGCCGAUAGAGGACACCAUGGGUGAGCUCAAGAAGCUGGUGGAGGAAGGGAAGGUAAAGUACAUCGGCCUGUCGGAAGCUAGUCCCGAUACCAUAAGGAGAGCUCAUGCAGUUCACCCAAUCACAGCCAUACAGAUGGAGUACUCUCUCUGGAGUCGUGAGAUCGAGGAUGAAAUGAUUCCACUUUGCAGGGAGCUGGGGAUUGGAAUAGUGGCGUAUAGCCCUCUCGGUCAUGGCUUCUUCGGUGGGAAGGCAGUUGUUGAGAGUUUGCCAACAGAGAGUGUCUUGGCUGUUCAUCCAAGAUUUAUGGGGGAGAAUCUGGAGAAGAACAAACUUGUGUAUCAGAAAUUCGCUGACCUGGCAGCAAAGCAUGGUUGCACACCUCCUCAACUCGCUCUUGCAUGGCUCCUCCAACAGGGGGACGACAUAGUCCCAAUACCUGGGACCACGAAGGUCAAGAACCUCGAGGAUAAUAUCAGGUCAAUCACCGUUAAGCUGACCCCUGAGGAUAUGAAAGUGAUCUGUGAUGUUGUGGCUGUCGAGGAAGUGGGCGGUGAGAGGGAGUUGCCAAUACUGGCUGAAUACUCUUGGAGACAUGCAAAUACUCCAAGAAAAUAGUAACAAGAGUGAAUAGAUGUCGGUGCAGAUUUGCCUGGAGGAACGUUUUCAUCUCGGUUGAAAAUUGGAUUUCUCUAUCUGCUUGAGAAACUCAGGUUGCGUUUGCGUUUGGUUUCAUAGUAGGAUUUUAAAAUCAGAUUUUGAUUUUGAUUUUGAUUUUGGAGUGGUAUAAAUGGGGCCCACCCUUUGACUUUGUAUGUGUUAUGUUGUUUUGUUGUGGAAAAAAGUGGUAUAAAUGGGACUCACUCUUUGACUUUGUAUGAAUUAUUUUGUAUUGUAGUGAGUAGAGUUAAGUUAGAAUUGUAAUUCUAAAAUAUCAUCUUGAAACCAAACAGGCCCUAAGAGAAUAUCAUAGACCGACUUGUUUGUGCACA